AUGCCACAGUCAUCCAGCAGAUCAUCACCACAUUCAGUGCACUCGCCGGCAGAGAGCGAACCCUUUUCGCCGCCCGAAAGCAAUCACAGCCUUCAUAGCAAUCAAAGCGCUGUAAGCGCUGAAAACGGACUCAAUUCUGGUUCAGUGUCUGUAUUGACACACAUGAGGAGCCAUUCGCCGGCAUCCCUCUCCAGAAAUCAUAUCAAGUCUGAAAUGUUAAGUCGCGACACAUCGACGCCCUCAUCCAUUAUAGAUCCCGGAGACGAGAGAGACAAUUGUUCUUCGGAUGAAGAGUACUUCAAACCAUAUAAGAGACUCCGAAUGCAAGAGUCAAACGAAGACAAUGAAGAGAAGGAGUCCAACGAAUCGUUGCCUUUAAGGCCAUUGGCUUUGGAGAGCCGACAGUUGGCCUCACCGUCUAAUGAGGCCAAUGAGGCCAAUGAGAGCGACAAACCUCUGACUUCUUUCCUAAUUAAGGAUAUAUUGUCUCAUAAGCCAAAGAUCUGUACAAAUGUGAUGAAUAGUGAGGGCCGAGGAAUCGUGAGGCCCUGGGAUUUGGAUACUUCACAGCAUAACACUCUUCACCACAACCAUAGCCAUCACAACCAUAACAACCAUCACAUCAACACUUUUGGCCGCAUUUCUCACAACCGAAGGCCGCGUUCUGCUGACGACGACUCGCGGUCCGAGAGGUCUGAAAGCGAUUCCUCCGAAAGUCCGACGAGUAAUGGGGGACCCGUUGGAGGGGUCCUCACCUCACCAUUGGAUGCAUUGUUUCAAAUGACAACCAAAGCCUUCGAUGGCAUCGACGGAAGUGAGAAGUCUUUGGAGUCCUGGUGCUAUGGCUGGGCUUCGGGCUAUCAAUACAUCUCACUUCUAACGAUGCUGUCUAUUGGCGUUGUGGGUGAUAGUGAGCAACACUACCACCGCUACCCAAACUACCCAAUACACUAUCACUCGUCAGUAUAUAUGUUGCCUUCAAUUGACUUUUACUACAUUCAGGAUUUACUCCACAUUUUAGCCAAAAUGUCAUUUGAAUGUAGUUUGGCCUCAAACCUAACUGAGGGGUACUUUACCCACAAUAAUAGCCUUGAGAACCCAUAGUCCUGGUGCUAUGGCUGGGCUUCGGGCUAUCAAUACAUCUCACUUCUAACGAUGCUGUCUAUUGGCGUUGUGGGUGAUAGUGAGCAACACUACCACCGCUACCCAAACUACCCAAUACACUAUCACUCGUCAGUAUAUAAGUUGCCUUCAAUUGACUUUUACUACAUUCAGGAUUUACUCCACAUUUUAGCCAAAAUGUCAUUUGAAUGUAGUUUGGCCUCAAGUGAGCCUCAACUCAAGUACUUGUUGUCCGCAUACCAUUCAAAUGACAAUUUCGGCACCUCUUAG